ACCGAGCCAAGUCAUAACGAUACACAGUAUACUCUGGGGAGAGUAGAUCUUGGGCGAGAACAAGAGGAACCCCUCAGUUGCCAUCCAUCUAAAUUCUUAAUUUUCACAACUUCCAUAUCCACAUCAUCAUCAAUGGCUCGCCCGUUCUCAUACUCCUCAACACCGGCAGCCGCCCCCUCUGAGGCGAAACCCCUUCCCGAGCCCGACAUCAUCGAAGAGCCACAAAGGCCAGGAACCUCCGGCACAGAAGCAGCGCUGAAAGUCACGCGCCGCCGCGCCUCCCAGAAACUGCGCCAGGCCGAGCGCGCCGAGCGCCUCUACCGCGCCAAGAAGCGCUCGGCCGCCACGCGCGCAAACUACGCCGACGCCAAAGACCAUCUCCACCAGGCCAAGGAGCAUUUCAAGCUCGGGGUCAAGUUGUUGGUCGCGGUCGUAAAGGGCGUCCCCUAUGUGCUGAGGGAGAAGCACGAAGUGAAGCGGCUCAAGAGAGAGGAGGAAAAGAGAAAGAAGGUCAUGGAGAUGAAGCAACGCUUGGACGAGAAGCUGGCUGGUGCCGAGGGGAACGGUGACGAGGAUCGGCCGGAGGGUGAGGAGAGCGUUGGAGUUCCUGCGGCUAAGGGGUCGCGGCGUUGAUCUGGAGGCUGAUGUUGAUGGUUGAAGGCUGAAAGCGGUAAUGAGGCUGAGAGACGGACAAGAGGAGGAGAGGAGUUAUACCCACGCACACAUCCUUCAGUUUCGGUCCCCCCCGUCGUUGUUUUCUUUUGUCAGUGUUUCUCUGUUUCCCUGCUCUUUCUUUUCCUUCGUUCGACUGGGACAGCGCUGGUUAACACAAACGCAGUUGAUGUCCAGGUCUCACACUCACUGAUAUGGCACUCCUGGUGCGACAAACCCCCUCGACUGAGCCACGAUAUUUUAUUUGUCCUUUUCCUAUCAUGUCCAUCAUUAAUACCCUUUUCCUGUAUCUAAUGACUCGACGAGGCAUGACUAUGGUAAGA